AUGCUGACCACAGCUGUGACCACGCUAAACCCUACUGUCCAGGAGGAGUCUGUUGGUGGACCUGUUAGUGAGACUACCACAGAGGGUGGUGUUGAUAUGGAGCAAAGCUCUGCUGCUCUUUCAACAAACUCUCUUUCUGGGGUGGCUGUGGAGGAGGAGGUGGCUGAGAGCAGCUCACACCCCUCGGCUGUGUCCCAGCCCACGCUGCAACCCAGCUCUCCCAGCUUGGAAACAGCAAGUGACCACCCUGUCAUCCUAACUCACCAAGCUUACAGUGUGACCUCCAAGAUGGAGAUGCCAAGAGCCCACACGGGGAGCCCUCUGAAGCUCCUGGCUGUGCGAGUGUCCAUGGCUGCAAAACAACCCCUCACAGCAACUGAGGCCCCCAUUGGCCUGGAAGAGGGGAUGAGUGUCAGCCAAGGAGAGCUGCCUGCCACGGCUGGUGUUGUCACCAUCCACCCUAUGGACACUGUGCCACCUGACUGGGAUGACACAAAACUGGGGGAUAUAAGUCCAGGAGGAAGCACAUCUCGUGAUGAGGUGACAGAGGACCAAGGGGCAACAGAACCAUCCCAGACCCUGCAGGGAGGUGUGGGGGAGGAAGAGGAUGCAACAAGAGUGCUGCCAUCUCCAGUGUCCCCUCCACCAAUUCCUGGGAUUGCUGAGGAGACCAACUGCACAGUGCUGGUGCAAGGGGAGAAGACACCUACAGCUUCCACAGACAGCAGUGAUGCUCUUCACACUGUGAACCUGACGGAUGUAGACAUGGCUGAUCUCAACUCGCUAGAAAACACAAAUGUGGUCACAACAGAAGGGAAAAGCAUCCCACCAUCACAGCCAGAGGCUGCUGUGGUGACAGAUACACAGUCCAAUCUCUCUCCUACUCUGGAAAGCUCACGGAAAGAUUUUACUCAGGAGGUGACAAGAAUUGCCCAAGAGGCUUAUACUGCUCCGUCAGUUGUGACACUGGUGCCUGGUGCUACCCAGGGAACAGGAGCUGCAAGCUUUCCACUGGAAAACAGUGAGGAGGACACCCAGAUGCCAACAGUUCCUAGUGCCACCCAGAUGCUGGUGACAACUGGUACUUCCUCUAUGGUGAACACUCCAGAUGUAGAAGAUCUCACAGAUGUGGCCCUGGCCACCAGUGAGAAGGCUGUUCCAGCUUCUGAUGAGUUGUCUGCUACCCAGUCUGGACAGACAGAGGAGCCAUCCAGCAGAGCUGUGGUCCUGGUAACUCCAGCAUCAAUGGCAUCUUCUGUCAGGAGGACAGCUCUUCCAUCUGUGAGGAAGAUCAGUACAGCUGUGACCUAUGGGCUGGAUCGCCUGGAGUCAGAAGAGGGUGAGGAAGAGGAAGAGGAUGAAGAGGAGGAGGAAGAAGAAGAGGAGGAAGAGGAAGAUGAGGAGGACAAAGACAUAGAUUCGAUGGAUGAAAGCAUGGAGGGUGACACGGAGCUGCCAGGUUUCACGCUUCCAGGCGAGACCUCCCAGGAGCCCUUAGCUGGCCUGGAAAACCCUGUGGCCCAGCUGGCUGGGGUGUCCUACCAGGUUCCCGACAGUAUCGAGUGGGAGCAGCAGAACCAGGGCCUGGUGAGAAGCUGGAUGGAGAAGCUGAAAGAUAAGGCAGGAUACAUGUCGGGGAUGCUGGUUCCUGUAGGAGUUGGGAUAGCUGGAGCCCUCUUUAUCCUAGGAGCACUCUACAGCAUUAAGAUUAUGAAUCGCCGAAGGAGAAAUGGCUCAAAGAGACAUAAAAGAAAGCAGAGGGAAUUUAACAGCAUGCAAGACCGAGUCAUGCUUUUAGCUGACAGCUCUGAAGAUGAAUUUUGA